AUGAAUGGGGACCUCAGUCUGUCGAGGGCCCUCGGAGGAUUACGAAUAGCUAAUCCAGACGAUUCGUCUCCAAACAACCUGUCGGAUGGAGGCGCCCUGUCUCCGACCGAGGACCAACCCGAUGCUCAUUUAGCACCCUCCACUGCCCGGCAUGGCACGCAACAAGAACCCAUCGCCUCGCAUGCUUCGACCCCGAUCUCAGAUAGUCUUCUAUUACCCGUGUCCCACAUCCAGCCUCCCGAACAACUCGGCGCUGCCCCGGAUGCUAUGCCCGCACACGCCGAAUCGCACCGAACGAGCCCUAGCGCUGCCAUGCGAGCUGAAGUCUACCGUCAACCUAUAUCGUCAUACCCAGACCCCGAGCAAGCCCAAGGUAGCCAGGCCUCGGCACCCCCCACUGGCCGUCCAAUCUCUGGCAUGUACGCCCAUCCACCCACCGCGUCUGAGGAUGGACGCUUGUUGCAGCACCAAACUGCGUCACAGAACGAACGAGCACGAUCUUCCGUGUAUGGCCUUCUAGCGAGACAGGAUUCUGGUAAUGGCCCUGGCUACCCAUCAUCAAUACCUACAAGAGAGCCAAGCCACAGGUCUGCAAACCCUCGCCAAUCUCAACUGCCUCCUGGUUCUGGACCACUGCCGCCGAGGAGGAGCUCCAAAGGCAUGGGGGGUGGAUACGUCUCAGCAACUACAGCUUCUCAGCCUCCACGAGACCCGUACGGCCCCGACAUGCCACUCCCUACCAGCAGCGAGGAAUGGAAAGACCGCGGCGCUGCCGUUGGCGUCAGGAGAGAGACGGACGCGAAUGGGAAGACAGUCAUUCGACACGUCAAAAAAGGAGUUAGGGACUUCAGUUUUGGUCGAGUGCUCGGCGAAGGCUCGUACAGUACGGUCUAUUUAGCCACUGAUCGACAGACGCUCAAAGAGUAUGCCAUCAAAGUUCUUGAAAAGAAGCACAUCAUCAAGGAAAAGAAGAUCAAGUAUGUCAACAUCGAGAAGAACACCCUGAACCGCCUCACGGAACACCCAGGCAUUGUGCGCCUUUACUACACAUUUCAAGACGAAGCAUCACUGUACUAUGUCCUGGAUCUCUGCAACGGUGGCGAGCUCCUCGGUGUUCUCAAAAAAACGGGCACAUUCGAUGUGGAGUGCACACGUUUUUACGGUGCGCAGAUACUGGAUGCAAUUGACUACAUGCACUCAAGAGGGGUUAUUCACCGAGACUUGAAGCCCGAAAACGUUCUCUUGGAUGACCACAUGCAUGUCAAGAUCACCGAUUUUGGGACAGCCAAGCUGCUAAAGGAUCCCAGAGAGUCACAGAUCGCAGGUGAGGGAGCAAGGGGUCUUCCUGAAAGUAGCCGUGGCGACAUCGAGGAUGAUGGCCGGGCAGCAUCGUUCGUAGGAACCGCCGAGUAUGUGAGCCCUGAACUUUUGACGAGCAAAAAUGCUUGCAAGGCGAGCGAUCUCUGGGCUUUCGGAUGCAUAGUAUACCAGCUACUGGCCGGCAGGCCGCCGUUCAAGGCGGGCACGGAGUACCUCACUUUCCAGAAGAUUGUUAAUCUCGAGUACGAUUUCCCCAGCGGAUUUCCCCCAGCAGCACGAGACUUGGUGGAAAGGUGCUUGGUGCUUGACCCAGCCCGGCGUCUUACCGUGGAGCAUAUCAAGAACCACGAAUUCUUUGACGGGCAACAGUUCGGCAAGGGACUGUGGAGAACCAAAGCUCCGCGACUGCGACCUUAUAACCCCGCGCCACAGGAACCGACUUUGAUUCAGCUUAAUAGUGCGGCCGGCAGUCCGAAUCCUGUUGCCCCUCCUAGAACAUCACAGCCGCCGGCUCAAAGCUCUGCUGCGAAUGGUGGCUCUCGUCCAGCCAGGAUUAUAACCGAGCUACCUCCCCCAACUCAGCUAGAUAUCGAAUGGUCGCCUGUCUUGACACGGAACAAUGAGAGAAUUCUCAAGUUGGGCGAUUUGAUGGUCGUGUCAACUCCACUGCCCAACGGGGGCCAUGGCAAAGGAGGUGAGCAUGAAGGGCAUAAGAAGCUGUCGAGGUUUUUUGGCGGCAGCACAACAAAGAAGAGACAAAGAUUGGUCAUGGUCACAUCAAGUGGUCGAAUACUGCUGGCUCCGGCUGGCGGAGACGAGAAGCGUGCAAAGCAGGAGAUAUCGCUUUUGUCGCCCGAAAGCUCAUGGAGAACCCAACUUGACGUCAAGGGGCAAAGAGUUUGGUGCGUCGAUGCAGGCGGCGUCCAUUACACAUUUGAGGAGCCGAAGGGCAGCUCCAGCUCCCCCGACAAUGGUUCUACAGCCGAGGACUGGAUCGAGUCAUUGGAAAGAGCCAGGGAACAUGUCUUCAGCAGUGUCGAGUCCAGCAACCUCAAUACCGUCAGUAUGCUGCCCAUGCUGGCGCACCGCAAGUUCCCCAGCGGGCUCCACAUACCGCCCCAAAUCAACGGAGAGGCGGCAUCGGUAUGCCCGUCCCUUCCUUUAAUUCCUUCUGUCGAGAAGGACUUCCACCUGCCUCACGUCCCCAUCGUGCCCUUCUUUUCUCCGCGUUGCAUCAGGCUCCAGUUGGCUGACACGCAUUCUCAAGGACCCAUCAUGCCUCCAGGACAUCACCAGCAAGCAGCCAUCAACCAGGCGACUAUAGCGCAACACCACCCCCCGGGUCAGGCCCUUACGAGCGAGCUAGCAAAGCGUCGCAGUCGAAAGCCUACCGAUAAAACGUUGCCAGACGGCGUCGAGGACUGCAUCACAGAUUCUGAGGUCGCCCAGAGAUACAAGGAAUUGCGCGACUUCGAGCGCCGCCUCGAUGCAACUAUGACACGCAAACGCCUUGACAUCGUCGAGGCUGUUGGUCGCAACGCAAAGCGGUAUAAAACCCUGCGCGUCUGGAUUAGCAACACCGUCGAAGAUCAGGCAUGGCAAGGCAGCGGACUUAGCGUCGACAGCUUCGAUUUCACACCAAGUGCUGAGCCUUCCUAUCGCGUCAAGAUUGAAGCUCGUUUGCUUGACGAUGACCAGGACGAAUCUGUUGAGGAUGUUGCCCAGAACGAAGACCGAAUGGACGAGGAUGGCGCCCCCAGCUCAAGACGUCAAAGCUCAGCCCCGUCGCCGCAGAAGUGUCGAUUUUCGCGCUUCUUUAAGGCUCUCAACGUUGAUUUCGAUCGAAGCCGCUCACGGGCGGCAUCCGAUCAGACUGUUGAAUGGAAGAGGCACUCUGCACAGAAUGCUACGAAUGUCUCAGACUUCGACGAGUUUACCUUCAAAAGGAGUGGGGACGAGAACAUGAAUAUCACUGUCAACUUGCAUCGCUUGGAGGACCCAGAACGAUACCUUCUAAGUCCCGACCUGGCUGAAGUUGUGGAUAUGACCGAGGCGUCCAGACAAGAGGCUGUUCUAGCCGUGUGGGAGUAUAUCAAGAUGAUGGGCUUGCAAGAAGACGAGGAGAAACGUAACUUUCGUUGCGAUGACCUCCUAAGAAAGAUUAUCAAUGGCAAUGACGUGGGCAUGAUUCCAAACUUGAACGACUACAUCCAGCCUCACCUGCGACCUCUUCCCCCAAUUAGUCUACCGUACACGGUUCGAGUGGAUGAGACGUUCCAUCAGGAUCCUCAGCCCACGGUUUACGACGUACGGGUUGCUGUCGAGGAAACCCUUCGAUCCAAGCUGGUGCCUUUUGUGGCCAACCCAGCCUAUGCUAGUGCUCUGAAGAACGUGGCUACUUUGGAUGAGCAGUUGGCGACACUGGUCUCGGCGAUUGCCAGUUCGAAGGCGAAACACUCGUUUUUCACAUCUAUGAGCCAAGAUCCGGCAAACUUUGUGAGAAACUGGAUCAGCUCCCAGAAACGAGAUUUGGAGGUCAUCAUGGGGGAGGCGACAAGAGGAGGCGGAGAAGAUGCAACCGGCGACGACUGGCGGCGGGGCGGAAAGGAAAGUGUAUGGGCCUCCUCGAACGCGCGAGAGAGUGUCAGUGUGAUGCUGGCGAAGCAGCCGACUCAGGCCUCUCGCUGA